AACUAGUUUGUUUGCAGCGCCCUCGCUACAUUGUAUCCAGAGUGCGGGUUCUUAGGGUGGGCGAGGGGGAGGGGCAGAAGGGAGGCAAGGGAGAAGCCGGAGGGAGGAGGCGGCAACAUGAGCAUCGUCCUAAUAAACGGAGGUCAAUAAUAGAGAAGAGCAGUUGCAAGGACCUGGGGCAGGAGAUCAGCCGGCCAAGGAGUGUCCCUGAACAGACUGGGUCAAAAUGUCCGUCAGCGUCCAUGAGAACCGGAAGUCCAGGACAAGCACGGGCUCUAUGAAUAUCACCCUUUUCCACAAACCUUCCCACCCGGACUGCGUCCUGUCCCACCUCAACACCCUGCGGAAGCACCGGAUGUUCACAGACGUCACCCUCUGGGCGGGGGACCGCUCGUUCCCCUGCCACCGGGCCGUGCUGGCUGCCUCCAGUUGCUAUUUUGAGGCCAUGUUCAGCCAUGGGCUAAGGGAAAGCCUGGAUGACGCGGUCAACUUUCACGACAGCCUUCAUCCAGAAGUGCUGGAGCUCCUGCUGGACUUUGCCUAUUCCUCCCGGAUCAUCAUCAACGAGGAGAAUGCGGAAUCCCUGCUGGAAGCGGGGGACAUGCUCCAGUUCCAUGACGUGCGAGAUGCCGCAGCCGAGUUCUUGGAGAAGAACCUCUUCCCCUCCAACUGCCUGGGCAUGAUGCUCCUGUCGGAUGCCCACCAGUGCCGCCGCCUUUACGAGCUCUCCUGGCGCAUGUGCCUGGUCCAUUUCGAGACGGUACAGCAGAGCGAAGACUUCAAGAACCUCUCCAAGGACACCCUCCUGGAUCUGAUCUCCAGUGAUGAGCUUGAGACAGAGGACGAGCGAGUCGUCUUCGAAGCCAUCAUUCAGUGGGUGAAGCACGACUUGGAUGGGCGGAAGGUGUAUCUCCCGGAGCUUCUGCGCAGCGUACGGCUGGCCCUGCUGCCCUCUGAAAUCCUCAAGGAGGCUAUCGCCUGUGAGGACCUCAUCAUGGCGGACGAGCGCAACAAGCUUAUCAUGGAUGAGGCGCUCCACUGCAAGAAGAAGAUUCUGCAGAACGACGGGGUGGUCACCAGCCCCUGCGCCCGACCCCGCAAGGCAGGCCAUACCCUCUUGAUCCUCGGAGGCCAGACCUUCAUGUGUGACAAGAUCUACCAGGUGGACCAUAAAGCCAAGGAGAUCAUCCCCAAGGCAGACCUGCCCAGCCCACGGAAGGAGUUCAGCGCCUGCGCCAUCGGCUGCAAGGUCUACGUGACGGGCGGGAGGGGCUCCGAGAACGGCGUGUCCAAGGACGUCUGGGUGUAUGACACCGUCCAUGAGGAGUGGUCCAAGGCUGCGCCUAUGCUGAUCGCCCGCUUUGGUCACGGCUCCGCUGAGCUGGAGAAUUGUCUUUAUGUGGUCGGGGGACACACCGCCGUGGCCGGGGUCUUUCCAGCCUCCCCCUCUGUCUCGUUGAAGCAAGUGGAGAAGUACGACCCCGGAGCCAACAAGUGGACCAUGGUGGCUCCUCUACGGGACGGAGUCAGCAACGCCGCCGUGGUGAGCGCCAAGCUCAAGCUCUUUGUCUUCGGCGGCACGAGCAUUCACCGGGACAUGGUGUCCAAAGUCCAGUGCUAUGACCCUGCGGACAACCGCUGGACCAUCAAGGCAGAGUGUCCUCAGCCUUGGCGCUAUACAGCGGCCGCCGUGCUGGGCAGCCAGAUCUUCAUCAUGGGGGGCGACACAGAAUUCACCGCCGCUUCUGCCUACCGCUUUGACUGUGAGACCAACCAGUGGACGCGGAUCGGGGACAUGACAGCCAAGCGCAUGUCGUGCCAUGCCUUGGCCUCAGGGAACAAGCUCUAUGUGGUGGGCGGGUACUUUGGUACUCAGCGCUGUAAGACGCUGGACUGCUAUGACCCUACCUCGGACACAUGGACCUGUAUCACCACCGUGCCUUACUCACUCAUCCCCACGGCCUUUGUCAGCACGUGGAAGCACUUGCCUGCCUGAGAAGUCCUCAGGACAGACUUCAGUCCCAGGAAUUCAGACAGAUGCUGUCAUCAUCUUAGCCCUAUCUCUCGGCUGCAGCCUACACUGUGAGGGAAGUCGCCUGGCCCUGGUCUCUCUCUGGGAGCCUUAGUACAUCUCCUCACACUUCCCUGUCUGAACUUUCCAGCACCCAGAAGACUGAAUUUGAAUGCUCAGGGCAGCACCCAGGAGGGAGAGGAACCAGUGGAACGCUGCUCUUCAGUCCACCUGGUAAUUAAUGCCUCUGGAGGCUCUACAAGAAAAGAGAAGCUGCUUCCACAGACACCGGUUGGGACCAAAGACUUCCCACGAGUUUUAUUUUGGUGAGGGGGCACGGAGGCCAAGAGCGAGCACUCAGAGGUGGCGCUACUAUUCCACAUUAAGUACUCGCCUGUCCAUUUCGCACAACACCCAGGCCCCUUCGAACCCUCUGAGGACAGUGGGGAAAGGGGCCUCCUGGGUAGCAGGAUGGGAACAAGCGGGGUGAGCCCCAAAGAGAUGGGUAUUUGGCCUUCCACCUUUUGCACUAAGGUUGGCCGUUUCCUUCUGAGCCUGAAUUGAUGGCACAGCUUAAUCUAAGUCCCAGAACCUGCUCAAUUGCGAAUGUCAUAAACCUUGUUUCCAAGCUUAUAAGCUGGAUGGAGUGUUCCAGAGGCAACACGUACUGGGUCACCCAGGAGAGGGGGCGGUGAUGGGGAGGGAGCUUCUGAACACCCAGCAUCAAGGAGUUCUGCCUCAUUGGCUCCAGCAGGCUUCCAAGAGCUGAGGGAGGGGGCAUCAUGAUGGACGAAGAAGUGCCCGAUAGGGAAGAGCCCAUUUAGUGUUUCCCCCAUGGGCAAGGCCACCCGUAGGACAGCAUCAUCCCAUAGGCCAAAAGGAGAGACCUCCCCAGACUCCCUUCAAGCCACCUCUUACUCCCUCCCCAAAGUCCCUCAGUUGGGUCCGCCAUGAUGGUUCUGCAGUGGAAGUAAGCCUUAGUGCUAACAAGUGAAGGUUUUCCUCUCUGCCUUCUAUUUGCUGUCUGAUUCUUCCCCUUGCCCCUCCCCUAAAAAUCCCUGGAGAAAGACAAAUAAAAGGCACAGUGGAGAGGAUUUCCAGGCCUCCUAAGUCCUUGAUGUCCUCACUCCAGGCCCCACUUCUGGCAGGAGCCACCAUCAGAUACUUCCUUAGAAGUCACUUCCAGCUCAUGUCAGUGUUUAACAAAUCUGCUUUUAAUGAUGUUGAAGCUUGUCCAGGUCCAGUGGCUCUAAUCUAAGGGAACAGAGUCCUUCUCUUUUGCAAGGGUCUCACUGAAUCCUAUCGCAUCCCCAAAUUGCAGCUGUGUUAUGGGACCGUGGAGGGACCUGUGCCUGGCUCGUUAACCAUCCGCCAGUGGGAUGCUGACUGCAUUAGUUUGACCCAGAUGGACCAUGCCGUAACUUUAGAGAACAUUGCCUUUAUUCCCCUGGCCCUAGUUUCUCUCUUUGCAAAGUAGGAUGACCAGUCAGGACUGUGGCCCAGCCCUUGAGGAUGAGUUUCUGACCCUUACUCGGCAAACGCCUUACUAGGUGCGUCAUUGGUUUCUCAUACUUUAGGGCUUUCCCGGGUUCCAAGAGAUUCUCCAUUUAGCUCCCUGGAAUGGCUGAUGCCAUCACCUCUAAGAAUCAAUGAGGUUAGAUUUUGAAGAAUCUUCUUGCCAGAGAUUCAGCGGUCCACUCUAUAACGCCACAGGAAGCAGGGGGGACCUAUGCCGUGUAUUACACAGUGGAGAAGGGUCUGGACAAUAUCCUGUAGGGGCCGGGCCCUAUCCUGGCCCAGGGAUGGAGAGGUGACCUAGAUGUUAAUGACUUACUGCCCAUGGAUCUUGAAAGGAAUAGCCUGGAUCUACAGUUCUCUUUGACCUCAUUAUUGGUGGUUAGCUGAGAAAAGCACAGAGUCCUCACACACAGGCUUCAUAGGCACAAAAGACAAUUCUGUUGGUUUAUUGAAAAUUGUGUAGCUUUUACCCAGUUUUCUAACAAUAAAAGAUUAUAAGAAA